GGAGACACUGCCAGAAUCCUCAACGGCUUGGAAAUCCUAUCACCUUGGUUCCCUGAGACUUGGAGGAACUGACAGCUGGCUGACAAAAAAAAACUCAUCCAGGGAGAGAAAAGACAUAAGUGAAGUAUGAAAUUUUGAAUAACGUUUUCAGGUAUUGAUUCUGACUUUUUAAGAUGGAUGAAGGUGUAGAAAUUUCAAGUGAUGGAAAUUCCCUCAUCAAAGCAGUCCAUCAGAGCCGGCUUCGCCUCACAAGACUCUUGCUAGAAGGUGGUGCCUACAUUAAUGAGAGCAAUGACCGUGGGGAAACCCCUUUAAUGAUUGCUUGUAAGACCAAACAUGUUGAUCACCAGAGUGUCAGUAAAGCCAAAAUGGUUAAAUACCUGUUAGAAAACAACGCUGAUCCCAACAUACAGGACAAAUCUGGGAAAACUGCUUUGAUGCACGCUUGCUUAGAAAAAGCUGGUCCUGAAGUUGUUUCCUUGCUCCUAAACAGUGGGGCUGAUCUCAGCUUGCAAGACCAUUCUAGUUAUUCAGCCCUUGUUUAUGCUAUAAAUUCAGAGGAUAGAGAAACCCUGAAAGUUCUACUUAGCGCUUGCAAGGCAAAAGGGAAAGAGGUCAUUAUCAUAACAACAGCUAAAUCACCCUCUGGUAGGCACACUACCAAACAGUACUUAAAUAUGCCUCCUGUAGAUAUAGAUGGGUGUCAUUCCCCAGCCUCCUGUGCCACUCCUUCAGAAAUAGACAUAAAAACAGCCUCAUUGCCACUUUCACAUUCUUCUGAAACUGAAAUGACACUUUUUGGCUUUAAAGGUCUGGAGCCCUCAGGAAGUAGUGAUGAUACGCAGGACCCAGGCUCCCCUAUGAGGAAGCCUGCUAUGGCCUCUAAUGGGCCCAAGCUACCCCAGGCUCCAACUUGGAUCAAGAGUCCUCCCUUAUUAAUGCACCAAAACAGAGUGGCCUCCUUGCAAGAGGAGCUCCAGGAUAUUACUCCAGAGGAAGAAUUAUCCUACAAAACCAAUGCGCUGGCACUUUCCAAGCGAUUCAUUACUAGGCACCAAAGUAUUGAUAUAAAAGACACUGCACAUUUGCUAAGAGCCUUUGAUCAGGCCAGCUCAAGAAAGAUGUCAUACGAUGAAAUAAAUCAUCAGUCAUUUUUUUCAGAAGGAAGCCAGCAAUGCAUUGAAAUCCCUGCUGACCCAGAUCCAGACUCUAACCAGACAAUCUUUGCUUCCACCUUAAGAAGUAUAGUUCAAAAAAGAAACUCAGGGGCAAAUCACUACAGCUCUGAUUCCCAGCUCUCGGCUGGUCUUACCCCUACAACUCUAGAAGAUGGCAAAGCACUUAUAGGAAAGAAAAAAAUCUUCUCACCAUCUCCUUCCCUGUUGUCAGGGCCCAAAGAAUUGCUGGAGAAUAUCUCACCAGGUCCCUUGAGCAGGAGAAAUCAUGCACUUUUAGAAAGGCGUGGUUCAGGAGCUUUCUCUUUAGAUCACAAUAUUACUCAAGCCAGAUCAGGAUUUCUGCCACCCUUAAACGUGAAUCCUCACCCCCCCAUCUCAGAUCUCCAUGCCAAUAACAAGAUUUCCAGCCUCCUUUCUUGUGGUCAAAAAGUGCUUAUGCCAAUAGUUCCUAUGUUCCCUAAAGAAUUCAAAAGUAAAAAAAUGUUGUUAAGGAGACAAUCAUUGCAAACAGAACAAAUUAAGCAAUUAGUAAAUUUUUAAGAAAUGGCUAGAAAGCACAUUUUGUUCAAAUGUCUACAUCAGAGAAAUAUAGAACCAGAGAAGAAAUCUCAAAUGUCCAUCCUUUUAAAUCUUGUAAUUGGU